AAAGUGUGUGUCAGGGCUGUUACAGAGAGCCCUGUCCUCAAUAGGAAGAUGAUAGAUAGGGGAGGAGAGGUUUAUUUAUUUAUUUAGAUAUUUAGCUCUUAAACAACUCGUGAUUACCAUCUGGUUUUUAUUUUUCUUCUUCUCGUGUGGAUUACUUGGAGCUAACUCGCCAGGAUUAAAAGGAUACUGUGUUUUUACUGAAAGCUAUGGUGGCUUACGAUGAAUUGGGUAGCUUGGUGCCUAUCAAACGGACUCUGCAAGUGAUAGACAACCAGAACCAAGCGAACAAAGAGUCAGAGGAACCCAGCAACAAGCGUGUCCGACCUCUCGGCAGGGUGACGUCGCUAGCAAACCUCAUCUCUCCGGUUAAGAAUGGGGCCGUCCGGCGCUUUGGCCAAACCAUCCAGGCCUCUUUCCGGGGUGAUGCCAAGUCGCCGGGCGUGCCCCAGAAGCCUUGCAGCAAGGCAGCGGCCCCAACACCGCCUAAAAGGAGGAACAGCACCCUGUGGUCGGAGACGUUAGACAUCCACCAGAAGGGAACUUUCUCCACCAAAGAGAUCAAGCGGCAAGAGGCCAUAUUUGAGCUGUCUCGUGGAGAACAGGACCUGAUUGAGGACCUCCAGCUUGCACGCAAGGCGUACCACGACCCUAUGCUGAAGCUUUCCAUCAUGUCUGAGGAGGAGCUCACCCACAUCUUCGGCAACCUGGAUGCUUACAUCCCUCUGCAUGAAGACCUGCUGGCCCAGCUCUCCAAAGCCACAGGACCAGAUGGGACUGUGGGCCAGAUAGGGCAGAUUGUUGUAAGCUGGCUGCCCAGGCUUAAUGCAUACAAGGACUACUGCAGCAACCAGCUGGCAGCCAAGGCUUUGCUGGACCAGAAGAAGCAGGACAGGCGGGUGCAAGACUUCCUGCAGCGUUGCCUCGAAUCCCCCUUCAGCCGCAAGCUGGACCUGUGGAGUUUCUUGGACAUCCCACGCUCUCGGUUGGUCAAGUACCCACUGCUGCUCAAAGAGAUCCUGAGACACACUCCGCCAGAGCAUCCUGAUGCUGGCAGCCUGGAGGAAGCGAUCACCAUCAUCCAAGGAGUUCUGUCUGACAUCAAUAUGAAGAAGGGCGAGUCUGAGUGCCAGUACUACAUCGAGAAGCUGGAGUAUCUUGAUGACAGGCAGAAGGACCCUCGAUUCGAACAGUGCAAGAGCCUGCUGUGCCACGGGGAGCUUCGAAACAAGAGCGGCACGAAGCUGCAUGUGUUCUUGUUCACCGAGCUGCUGGUCCUGACCCGCCCAGUCACCAGAAAUGAGCGCCAGUGUUUCCAAGUUUACCGCCAGCCAAUCCCAGUAGAGGAUCUGGUGUUGGAGGACCUGCAGGAUGGAGAUGUCAGGAUGGGCGGCUCCUUCAGAGGAGCCUUCAGCAACGCAGACAAAGCCAAGAACAUUUUCCGCGUUCGUUCCCAAGACCCGAGUCAGGCGCAGUCCCACACGCUGCAGGUCAAUGACGUCUUCCACAAGCAGCAGUGGCUCAACUGCCUCCGCAGCGCCAUUUCCGUCCACCGGCCUCUCAACGAGUCCUCCACCCCGAGCCCACCCACAAGCGACGCCUGCCAUAAGCGCCGCCCCUCCUCCGCCUCCGCCAUCAUCCACCUGGAGGAACCAGACGAGAACUACCCACAACCGGCUUCCCAGUCCGCUCCCAGCUCACCGUGCAACAGCAUGAGCCCGAGCCCCACCUCAGUGUCCCCUUCAUCAUCGUCGUCAUCAUCGUCGUCAACACUUUUCUCCCCAACGUCACACAAAACAAAAAAGGACAAGAAGUCUUUGUGUUCUCUAGGAAAGAGAAAAGAGACGAUGGUGUGAAGGGAUGGCUGGAGGAAACGGACUCCUAAAUAGACUUAAAAAGAGAAUUGUACAUAAAAACCACCAGGAAACAUGUGGGAUUUGUAUUUAUAUGUGUCUGCGUGAGUGCGAAUUAUUACAACAGUGUUCUGUAUUACUGUCCUCUUCGGCAGCUAUCCACCUAAAACCCUCCUCACUAGUGCAUCCCACAGAGACGCAGCAGUCUGGAGAACGUGCACAACUUCCACGGGAUCCAUAAGGGACACACAGCGAGAAUCACUUUGAUUUCUCCCAGAAUGAGGCAGUGCAUCAAAUCCUGUUUACUAUUCAUUUGAUAUUUAAACUUUUUUUUUUUCCUUUCUCAGACCUUUUUGGGAGCUAAUGAAAUUUUACAUUUUUAUAUUCUAAAUUUGUAUUGUAUUUUUUUUUUAUUAUUAUAAAGCAGCACUGUUUAAGCUUUUAGGGCAAGUUUCUUAUUUUAUUAAUUUUAGUUUAAAAAAAAAAAGUACCCCCCCCCCUUCCCAGAUGGUGCGCUGAACCACACAAAGCUAUUAAUGAAUCAGAGGACAGGUCUUAUUUCCAUACAUUCCUUAAAUGACAGAUAAUGAACCUGGACACUUGUAUUUACUGCAAAGGCAUUAAUUUAAAACUCUGAACAGACGAGAAGUCAUAUUCUCACUGAAAACAAUUCAGCAGAUGUUAAAAUCAUAUCAGACAUAAGUUUUAUUUUAAGACAAAAUUUUGAACUGAGCCAUGUUUGUUUUUUCUUUGUUUUUUUUCCAAAGCCGACUUUUCAGAAUGAAAUUGAUCACUUUUCAGUGUAUCGUCUUGCAUGGAGCUUUAGUUGUGGACACUCCUCACAGCAGUAGAGGCAGCGUGAUGUCUGCAUUUGUCCUCUGGGACAGGACGGUGAAAAUGUUUGAAGGACUGGUUUUUACCAAGAGAAUGUCGUAGAAUGAUGAAGAGAAGAGAGAUGAUGGGUGAAGAUGUGUUUUGGAACGGCGAACAGAUCGUCAGGGUGAGAUGCGCAUCGGCUGGAUAGGCUGAUGGAAAAUCUCACUCUAGGGUUAAAGAUGUUAAAAUGUUGGAACUGAUGGAAGAAAGUAAGUAGGGAAAGGUAGAAGAUGAUGGUUUCUGUACGUGUAUACAAAGAUGUUGAGAAGGAAAAAAGGAAAGGAGCAACUUGGUUGCAUUGAACUUUAUGUAAUUACAACAAUAAAGAUCUUUGUAAGAUUUACAACUGAA